AUGGCUUCUGCUCCCUGCCCCAGUGGCUCUCAGAACUCUCAGCCAUCCUCUCACUGCCACUGCUCUGCCACCUUCAUGACUGCUGUCACUCCACUGCCACUUCCACCAUCUCCUCUUAAAGUUACCAGCUCAGCGCUCUCCACCUAUGGCAAAGAUCAACAAGGAGGAUCACAGUUUAAAGCCAGCCCAGGGCAUCCCCUGUGGACUGGCCCAGUCUCUGUGACAGGAGGCACCCGACAGUCUCCCAUCAACAUCCUUCAGAGGGACACUGUUUACGACCCACAGCUGAAGCCACUCAGCAUCUCCUAUAAUGCAGCAUCCUGCCAGUACAUAUGGAACACAGGCUACUUCUUCCAGGUGGAAUUUGACGAUGCCAUCAAGGGGUCAGGCAUCAGCGGCGGGCCCCUGAAAAACCACUACCGCCUGAAGCAGUUCCACUUCCACUGGGGAGCCUCGGACGAGUCGGGCUCAGAGCACGCAGUGGACAACCAUGUGUUCCCAGCAGAGCUGCACAUAGUUCACUGGAAUUCUGUGAAAUACCCAAAUUUCAAGGAGGCUGUAGCGGGGGAGGACGGCCUGGCUGUGGUCGGCGUGUUUUUGAAGCUGGGGGCCCCGCACCAGGCCCUGCAGAAGUUGGUGGACGUCUUGCCGGAGAUAAAGCAUAAGGACUCCCGGGCAGCUGUGGGCCCCUUCGACCCCUCCUGCCUGCUGCCCGCCUGCCAGGAUUUCUGGACCUAUGAGGGCUCCCUCACCACACCACCACUGGCCGAGUCGGUCACCUGGAUCAUCCAGCAGCGGUCCGUUGAGGUGUCCCCAAGUCAGCUGUCGGCGUUCCGCACGCUCCUGUUCUCUGCGCGUGGCGAGGAAGAAGAGGUGAUGGUCAACAACUACCGCCCGCUUCAGCCCCUGCUGGACCGGAAGGUCCGCUCAUCCUCCCAGGCCACCAGAGGCCCCAAAGUCACUGCCUGGACAGGUAGAACUGGCUCCUAGGUGACUCCUGAAUAA